AUGAAAGCACCGUCUCGUAGGCCACUCCCUACUCCGAGCCACAAACAUACCGCCUCCGCCUCAUCCAUAGAAGUUCCACACUCACCAACAGCUCUUUCUACCUCCACGACAACGUCAUCGUCAAUAUCAUCCAUCUCAGUGGCCUCUUCCGUACCCGCUUCUUCCAUCGCAUCCUCCAGUUCUCAGCCACCUGCCCUCCCCAAUCGCCCAAAACUUGGCUCAAGCCACACAACCAUAUGGUCAGAGCCAGAGCAACUGCCGUCAUACGAUUCUACAAUCUCCAGUACUUUCCGCGAGCCUGAGUUGGUGCCUGACACCGGCGAUGACGAGAUUCCAGAGCUCAUUUCUGCUGAGCAAGACGCGUGGGGCGCGGGAUCGAGCUGGUAUCAAGACUCUUUCAGCCAGUGGAGCGACAAUGCGUUUGUUAGAAUCGAUGGUCGCAAUUUGUAUGAGGAAGAAAAGUGGUGGGACCCAUGGAGCCAAGCAAGCGAUAAACCUGGAGCAGGAGUACUACCUCCGAUGUUGGCCGACGAGCUCCAUUCUCCAGAGCACACAUUAUAUUCAGUCACCUUUUCCAACACACCUGGACAGCUGCGAACCUCUGGCACUGUGCAGCCGAGCACAGAGAAUGCCCCAACAGAUGUUGAAAUCCGCUCAUCGACAACCCCACAUCCUGACGCGUAUUAUUGCCCUAAAGACCAUGGUUGGGUCAUCUUAUCGUGGGAUUAUUCAGAGCAUCUGCCAUCCUUCUUCGCCCAUUCUUUCGACGCGCCUACUCAACUCCCACGCUCACCACGAAGAAAUCCCGCAAACUGUGCAGAUUCGACGGGAAACGCUACCCAUCAUUUCCACAAAUACCCCAAGGCAGUUGACGGGCACUUCUUAGAAGUACCAUUCAGGCAUGACGAAUGGGAUGCUUUCGAGACCGUGAAACAAAAGCGCCGCGCUGCUGCCGUUAAUCUUGAGGAUGUCGACCUGGACAAAAUGGAAGAGGAAGACCGAAUGGAUGUCGACGAUAAUCAAGAGGGUCCAUUAUUCGAUCUUUAUGUGUGCUGCCAAUGCACGCUCUAUGUCGUUCGUUCGCCAGAAGUAAUACCUGCCGUCAUACCUCGACCGCUUUGGGACGAGCUGCUCAGGGACAAGAAGGCUAAUCCUCAACCGGGCAAGUCUCCGGAACGCUCCGUUGCUCUGGCUAUGGAGACCCUACUUAUGGCGAUCGAGAAUAAGCUCUGGAAGGGCGAAAACCGAAUGCUUCGGGUCACUCGCCCAGGGUUUCAAAACAAGAUGGGAUGGAAUCCCACUGUACAGAAAGUCUUCGAGUUACUUGGUUUCACGAGCGACACUUUCGACACUGAGUCGGGUCUUCGGCCUCCCACCACCGAUGCCAAGUUGCCGCAAGGCGAGAAAAAUCGAGUCAGACUUCUUCGUGCAUGGGCGGAAAUCGGUGCUUGGACGGCCAAUUACGAGCGAUCUUACCCUUCCUUGUUACAACACGAAAACAAGGGCUACCCACUCUGUGUCAAGUUGAUACCAGCACGGGAGAAGUACCAACUUGCCAUCGGUGCCCACCCCGAUCAAAUUCCUCGAACGGAACUGAGCCAUAAUGCUCGAUCCAGCCUCGAGAGUUUGACCAAGGAGUGGCGUAUCUUCGGAAUGACUGCGACUACAUAUUCUCCUGACCUGCUGGCGUUCGCUUACUAUGCUCAAUGUCGAUGCGAUCCUGCUCGAACUACUGAAUACUUCUCUGCCCUGGGAAGGCUUAUUCUGCGUUUCAAUACGACAGGGAUAGAAUGCGAUUUAUUGGAGAAAGUUCAUAGCUCCGAGUCAAGUCGUGGCCGGCUUUCAGACGAAGACAUUAGGUCUGCGCCUGAAUAUCUUGGUUUUGGUUUCGACGGCAUCCUUGGCGUUGAAUACGACAAGGAUGUCGAUGACGAGUUCAUCGAAAACGCCUGGAAAGAGGCUGUCAAGAGAUCCUGGCGACAACUUGAAGGCGGAGCGCUCCAAACCAAAGCAACGGCGGCACUCAAAGUUCUUGCGAUGACUCGCGGCAGCCAUCAACUGAUGAAAGUCUGGGAGAACGCGCAGCAAGUUGUGAUUACCCCGGAACAAGCCUACUCUACUUUGGAGCUAUCUCAGGACAUAGACAUGGAUGAAGCGACACUGAUAAUGAUAUUCCAAGUCCGACUGGAUGAAGCCACAGCAUUACAGGGACAACGAAUGCGUCAGGCGAUGGAGGUCAUUGCGGAACAUCGUGAUAGCAUACGAUUACGCAAAUUCUUGGAACUUGGUGUUGAUCCUGGUGUUAUUGUCCCGCCAAUUCGCUCUGACAUUCCUCGUGGCAUCAAUCAGCUGGGAAACACCUGCUACCUCAAUUCGUUGUUACAGUAUUUCUAUACCAUCAAAGACCUCCGUGAAGCAGUCAUGUCGAUGAACGGGCUGAUCGUCAAGUCUGUAGAUGAUGACAAGCUCACUGAUGAUGAUUUAAGCCGACAUCGGGUUGGUGGUCGCCUCGUCACCCGUCGGGAGAUAACUAGGUCCAAAAAAUUCAUUUCCUUGUUGGCAAAUCUAUUCUGCGAUCUCCAGUUCUCUGAAGACGCGGCUGUAACUCCUGCGUUAGAGCUGGCCAAGUUGGCAUUGGUGACGUCAAAAGACGAAGAAGAGGAUGAAGACAAGGCCAACACAGACUCCUCGAAUGAUACUGACGCAACUUUGGUGGAGGAGGGUGGUGGGGUCACCCGAGGUCCAUCCCAGAACAAUAACGCGAUGGAUGUCGACAGCCCCAGUGUUCCGCCUCGUACAACAUCUCCUGUUACCAAUGGAGAAGCGAGUUCCUCGAAAGCGGUUGUCAAAAAGGCUCCACCAUUGCCGCCUCGGAAGCCGGUCGAGUCUUCCGGCUCUGAGAUGAUGUUUGGCAAACAGCAUGACGUCUCGGAAUGCAUGGACAACUGCAUAUUCCAAAUUGAAACUGCAUUGCUCAAAUUCGAUGCCAUUACGGGGUCUGAGGACGACAACAAGACUAGCGUAGUCAAGAGGCUAUUUUAUGGCAAGAUCAAACAACGUCUCGCGUCAGACGAUCUCCAAUCAAGGUCGUCGAUCCAUGAGAAGGAGGAUCUUUUCUCACAUCUUCCUGUCAACGUCAACGACGAUGGUGUUGACAUUUAUGACGGCCUCAGCGCGUACUUUGACGAUGUUGUCGAGUUUGAGGGCAAAAAAGUCCGAAUGGAGGUCACUUUGGUCGAGACUCCGCCGUUACUCCAGAUCCAGUUGCAGCGUGUCCAAUUCAACCGUGAGACAUUGCAACCAUACAAGUCCCAGGCAUACGUCAAGUUUGGCGAAACGAUCUAUAUGGAUCGUUUCUUAGACAGUGCGGACCCCCAGAAGAAAGCACGGGCCAAGGUUAUUCAAGGAGAAUUGACAAGAUGUCGGGAACGUAGCCGUGAUCUGCUUUCGCACAAGACGGGACGUUGUGCGCCAAUGCUGGAUUAUACUGCCCGUUUCUUGUCCUCUCAAGCGCGCGCAGCAGGAGUUGAUGACGACCUUCUCUUGAGUUUGCAGGCAGAACAGCAACAUAUUGGUGGCGAAAUCGAGCAUCUCCAGGUGCGAAUCAAAGCGCUCAAAGAGGAACUCGAGGAAUUAUGGCGCGAUUGUAAGGACGCGCCGUAUGAGCUAACCUCUGUCUUCAUCCACCGCGGGUCAUCGCCUUCGUUCGGCCACUACUUCUUCUAUUCGCGGCACUUGCCCACUGAGCCCGACUCGUGGUUCAAGUACAACGACCAAGAUGUCACGAACAUCAAGAAGAGUGAGGUCCUCGCUGACACCACAGGGUCGACAGCCAAUCCUUACUUGCUGGUCUUUGCGAGAAAAGGCUCAGAGGUCGUCGACACGGUGAAGCGCCUGGACAUGAAUUUAACGCCUAUUUCUUGA